CACAGCACAUUUCCUCAGUGUGGGAUAAAAAAGGAUUAUCUUAUUUAUUAUUUUACUUCCCCCGUAUAAUGGAUUGUCUGACAUCCAUUCGUGUCUAAACCAGUGAGCAGAUCCUGACAUUGAAGACACCGGCAAUCUAAAUUGUGUUCAGAAUAAAACUGCGCCUACUUGCGGCCUCGACUUCUGCUCUGAGGAGACAAGGGACGCACACGUUAUUUCCACGUGUCAAAAACGUCUUCGCUGAUUGGCCCACCCUUGUUUAUUCCGAGAUGUGAUUGGCUAAUGACCAUGGCAACAAACCGCCAUGUUUCUUUUUUACAAGACGACAAGAAACGAAGCUACUUUACAUCUUUACUGACACUUACGCAGCGCAAGUUCUUGAUUAAAAUAUGUAGAAAGGGCGAAUUUUAGUUUUACUCAUCGCCGGUAUGAUGCGUGACAUUUCCGGCGACUUCUAAACGUAGUUCAGAGCCGCUUGUAGCUCCCCGGGCCAUUGUAGUUUGUCCCAGAUAUUUGGAGAUCAUGGACAAAGUGGAGGUCUUUGAGGUAGCGAAAGUGACAGAAGAGGUGGAGAGCACAUAUAACCAAACGGAGGCGGCGGCCACCCCAAAAAAGAGGAAGAGCAAAGCUCAAGAAGACAAUGUGGAAAAACCCAAGAAGCCCAGAUCAGCCUACCUGCUUUACUACUUCGAUGUCCACCAGGUUAUGCAACUUGGUAUACCAAAUAUGCCACAGUCAGAGAUCAACAAACGUAUCAGCGAGAGCUGGAAAAGACUCAGCGUGGCUGAAAAAAGCUACUAUCUGGAGAAAGCCAGGCUGGAGAAGGAGGGCAUGGAUACCUCAUCUCUCAGCCCUUCCAAAGACCUGCCAGGCUUUCGUAAAAUCCUACCCAGAGCCAGUUACUUUCUCUUGUCCAAAGGCUGCUCCUCAAAUCAGCAGCCGGGAAGCUCUCAGUCGGAGGUGAACAUGGAGUCUCUGGACAGUCCUGCUGAAGGAGGCCUGACCUCCGUCUCACUUAACCCGGAGCCUCAGUUCACGCCCUUUGGGUUUUCUGGGGAGGUGGAACUGUCUGAGCACCCCAUCGUUGCCGAUGACAUAGCCGAUGAAACCGCUGUGGUGUCCCGCUCCAUCGUCCUCCAAGGGGUCCCGUCCUCCUCGUCCUCCUCAUCCAGAGACACGCCCUCUGCAGACACAUGUGUCCCGCAGGCUUCUGCCGACUCUACAACAAACGGAGUGACGGGAAAUGAGACGAGAGGUGCCGGCGGUAGUUUUUGCGGCGCGAUGGUGCAGCAGACACAGGGGGGGGAAACCACGCAGGUGGUCACUGUCAUGUCCACACAGAACCUGCUGGAGCCAAAGUCUUUGGCGGGGGUCAGCUCUGUGGGCCCCGUGAUGAUGGUCUCCGUAGGAACCAGCUUAGAACAAAGUGCAAAACCUUCAUAUAAAAUGUCUGUGAAGACGUACACAAGGAGAGGCCGAGGGAGAUGUCUGAAUCCUGGCUGCUCUUUCAUGUAUGUCACCCGGCACAAGCCGCCUACAUGUCCAGAGUGUGGCAGCCAUUUGGGCGGAAAAUGGAUUCCUGCCGCAAAGAGGACGCAAGAGAAAGAUGCUGCAUCCAAGCAACAGCCGCAGACCGUCAACGAAAGCUGUCAGACCACCCCACCACCUGCUCAGGAGGGGAAUGUGAAUAGUAGUAAAACAAACGCCGCAGGGAGCAACAAAGAAGUGCCGGCUCAGAGGUGCUCCAGAAAGCAGCGUGCGUCUUCAUCUGGUGUACCACCAGAGGGCAGCAGCACCAAACCACAGGUUAAAAUAAAACAAGUGAAAGACAAUCCUAAAAAAGCAGCAGUCCAAGGAAUGGACAGAAAUAGUGUCUCUAUGCUGAGGAAGCCCGUGAGGCCCAUACUUCCUGCUUGCUACAGCACAGGCCGUGCUUUGUUUCAGGUCAUAACCGUCCCACCUGACAAAUCCAAAUUCCCAGCUGCAAACAGCAGUAAAGAAUCCCCUGUGCCCAGAGAGAGUUUCUCAGGUCUGAAACCCAGCACUUUGAAGCAGCUCGGCCACAUGGUCCCAACAACCACAGCCAACCAGGACUCUGUAACCCCUUCAGACAGAGGCCAGCCUGUGUCUUCACUGACUGAUAAGAGACUGAACCUCUUGUCAGUCGUGCCUUUCAAACAGCACACAGUUUCCAGCUUUGACUUGGGGCUGUCCACAGCACGAGGCAGGGGUCGCUGUAAGAACCCGUCUUGUGACUAUAUGUAUAAGAACAGGCACAAACCUGCAGUGUGUCCUAAAUGUGGCUGUGAGCUGACCCAGAAAAAGGCAACAAAGUCGGAGACCUUGCUGGAUCCGUACCAGCCCCUUACUCCUGCCCAGAAAGACACCCAGCGCCAAAAUACUCUGCAGCUCCUGCGCAGCUCCCUGCAGAUUCCUGAGAGCGAGACGGAGCUUCAGGAAAUAUUAACCCUCAUCCAAGAGCUCAACAGCCUCCAAAUAGUCUUGGUUCAACUGAGUGACCAGGGGCAGGAAAACACAGCUGAGACGGAGACAUUGGUAGAGUCUGGGUGGCCUCAGUUCUAUGAAUCGGCAGCUACUCACUGCGGCCUGUGUAGCUACCCGCUCUUCAAAGGAGGGCAGAACACAGUAGCGGGACAGGAGGACUGUUGGCUGCUCACUGAAACACUGAUGCAGACAGCCUCUCUGCAGCUCAAGGUGUGCCUCAACGUUCAGUGUCUGGCCCUGCACAGCUUCACUGACCUGCAUCCAGGUUUGUUUAACAUUGGGAACCGGCUCCUGGUGAGCAUUGACCUGUUCUUGAAGAUUAGAGCCAACAUCAAACUGGGCCACUCCCCCUCCCAGGCAGCCAGGACUUUACUAGACCACGUCCCUAAUCAUCCUCUUCACACCCUUAGUCCAGAAGAAUCAUCUCAAAUCCAAGAGCUCCUCCUGAGUGGCUACUGGGCCUUCGAGUGUGUGACCGUACGAGAUUACAACGAUAUGAUCUGCGGCAUUUGUGGCAUCGCUCCGAAGCUUGAGAUUGCACAGAGAUACACAAACAACGUCCUGGAGCUCAAGAAUGUCGAGUUCACCUGGCCCGAGUUUUCGGUGUCGGAUGAAGUUCACGUGGAUGACUUCUGGCUGACGAUGGAGAGCGAGGCCAUCGAGCAGGCAGCUUUCCCCACCGACAUCCCUAUCACACGGGUGGACGCUUCCAUCAUCGCUCCCUUCACCCCUCCCCUGAUGAGGGCUCCCACCGUCAUCAACACAGAGAAAGACAAGGUCCUGUCACAAGUACAGCCGCCUUCAGGAGAUCCGUCUGUUUUGGUGCGUCUCAUUCAUGAUGGGCAGCUCAGACUUGACAAGAUAGAAGAUCACAGUGAGGAGGAGUUGAGAACAAUACUGGACCGCUGUGGGGCAACUAUGGCACCAGGCUGCACCAAGAAUGAGCUGCUGGCCUCUUUGGUCUCCUUGUACACUGUUGUGCAUAGCGGCCUCUCCACUGCCCCUCAACCCCCUCCACACCUCACUGCCGGCAAGCUGUCGAAGGUCUGCCCCCACAAGGUGGUGUGUGCCUCUAAGUACUUGGUGAGAGGCGAGACGGCUCGAGAUCACGUCGACUUGCUGGUGUCCUCCCGCUACUGGCCCCCCGUCUAUGUUUGUGACUGUGCGCGGCAGGUGGCUCUGUGUACUGACCUGCAGUACCCAGAACUGGCGACCCAGAUGUGGGGCAGGAACCAAGGCUCCUUCUCAGACCCCUUUGAAAAGCCAGAGUUUGUGUCAUGUGCUGAGCUGCAAGACCAGCCGUACAGCGCUGAUCUGUCCUUGGCAGCAGAGACCCAGCAGGUCCAUCCCAUCACCAAAUCCUCUUCUUGCUGGCUGGUUCGUGCCCCAGGAGGAGCCCAGGAGCCUCCCGCUCCAGAGCACCACUCCAUGGUCCUGUGCAAAGACCUGGAGCCUUACGUCGGCCUGGUGGCCGAGAUGGAGACGGGGAAGGAAGAGGAGGGAGAUAAAGGGCCAGAACAGAAGGAACAGCCAGACACAUCUGAGAGUGACUCCACAGAAAAACCUGAGCCCUGUGCAUCAGUGAACCAUGCACGUAAACAACCGAUGGUUUUCAACAACACCGCUUAUUAUUACCUGUUCAACCGCCUGGUAGAUUUCCUCACUAGCAGAGAUAUCGUGAGCCAGCAGAUCAACCAAGUGGUGAAUGCCUGUCAGCCCGGAGAGGUGGUGAUCAGGGACGCUCUGUACCGGCUGGGAGUGGCACAGAUCAACACGGAGAAAGAAGAAGACGAGGGGAGUGGGAUGGAGGGACAGACACAGGAGGAAGGGACAAAGACAUGUUAGUCCUGCCUGAAUAAAAAUGUUGGACAGUCGGAUAAAGAAAUAGUCAGGGAGAACGACUGACUGGACGUAAAAAUGGCUGCAUGAAAAGCGAGACUAAGCCAUGAGGAAAACACAGGAGUAAUGAGGAAACUUUAGGCCUGGAUACGUUUUAAACAAGAUCAGGUGUGUUGAAGUUUUCAGGUGUUACUGAAACAGGUUUGCCGUGUGUUCAGUAACAAGUUACAGUGUGAGACCAUUUUAACCAUCUGUAACAAGUGAAUGUGAGAAUAUGUUGGAGUCGAAGCAUCAAAGCAAUCAUUCUCAAAUGAUUAAAAGAAUGUAAUGUAUGCAUUUUACCAGUGUACUGUAUAUGCGAAGAUGACAUAAACUGCACCGUUGCUUUCCUCUGACAGAAGGAAUGUAAGCAGGACUUUUAUUAACUGCUUCAAAUCUAAAUGUAAAUAUUUAAGCUAGAAUAACUUAUUGAUUACCAGUUUGUGACCAGACACAUUUCUGCGUUUUACACUCUUACCUCUUAACCGCCACUUGCUGCCUUUUGAACUAAUGUUUGCUUUUGGAAAGCGUGGAAACAUACAGUGUUUAUGUGUUGACUGUACUGUGUCAUAACGCCGUCAUGGACUUUUUGCUGGCGGCCUUUGCUUGAGUUCUGCUUUAUAUCACCUUCUUGGGGAUGAGUUGGAGCCGUCCGCCUUAGAGAAAUAACAGAGUAUGUUCAGUAUAUCUACCUGCAUGAAUUACUUCAGAGAGAUUCUCCUUUUUCUCUCUGAAAAGUCAAUUUAUGCUUUGCUCGUUGAUAUAUAAUGAAUAAAUGACGGGCUGUUAUCCGAGCUGCCAUGUAUAUUGUGUAGAUACAGUAAUAAUAUGUAUGUUGUGUAAAUUAACCUGGUAAUGAAACUAAUAAAUAUACUAUUGAUAAUAA